AUGUCCGCCUUCUACGAGCAGAACCAAGCGACCGCUGCCACUGGUGCAUGGCCUGCACCUGGCCGCCAGUCUUCCUGGGAACAGCCUGCCCCUCCUUCGAGAUCCGGAACCGCUUCCGCUUCGAGAGACGAGUCGGCCGCUUUCAGCUCCCAAUUCGAAGAGAUUGAGCGUGCUACCGACAACCUCGUCAAGAGCGGCAAGUGGAUGGCUGGCGGAGCACCGCAGUACAACAGCCGUCGUGAGUCCAUGCCUCCCAUGAUGAUGGGCCGUGGCUUCAACAAUGCCGAAUAUGCUGGAUCCAAGUCCAACUCCCCCGCUGGAGGCCCCGGACAGACACGUCACCACUCGGUUAGCGAAUACGACGGUAUGCGAUCCAACUCGGCAGCAGGCCUCCAAGGCUACUAUGCGUCGCAGCGUUUCGCACCUCGUCAAAAUGAGGCAGAGCAGAUGAUGCAGGCCAAGCGAAGGAUGGCUGCGCAAAGAGAGAGGGAGCUUCGCAACUAUCACCAGGAGCAGCAAUACAACAGGAACACUUCCGCCCAAGGCCCCAAGCCCGACCGCGCCCUGAGCCCUGCUGCUGCUGCCACAACCAUGAGUGAAGACGAACGCCGCGACCUCAUUGCCCGCCAGCACCGUGCUCUCUACGGCAACGAAUCCGCUCUGUAUCCCACUCCUGAGGCUGCUGCCGCUGCCGCUGCAGCUGUUCGCCGUGCCUCGCAGGAUGUCAGAGGUUCCAUCUCUGGUGAUGUUAGAGCAUCUAUCUCUGGAGCUUCCAGAGGUGGUGCCUCGCCUCUGGCUUUCGAUCCUUUCCACGGCGAGCCUGCCGUCCAGAUGCCUCCUCGUGAUGGCGUCAUGCUUCCCAAAUCUCCUAACAGUGCCUCGUCUCCUCAGUCAAACCCUACCACUUUUGGCAGUCUGCUAGGUGAGACUCAACAGUCCAGCCGUACUUCGGUCUCUUCCCCGAGCGGCUCUCCCCCUCUUGGUCAGGGCUCCAAGGCUGCCGCGGCGGCACCCAUCGGCACUCGUCCCGUAUCCAACGCUGCGCAGGCUACUGGUCUGAACAAGCGUUCAACCACUCCCCUGCCCUCGCCUCUCAGCUUUGGCUUCAGUGCCAACGAGCAGGCUAGAAACGAGCGCUCGACCUCUGCUGGCCCCAAUGGCUCCGUAGCUGACAAGGGAGUCAGCCUUGGCUCCUGGGGCUCCAACAGUGGAGUCUGGGGCUCUGCUAAGAACAGUCUCGGUGUCCAGGCUCCUGUCUGGGGCUAG